CUGGGCUGGGCUGGGUGAGCAGGCUGACUCACUCACUCGAUACCAGUGAUAUACAUGGCUAUUUCCGCUUGACACUCUCGCAAGUAAAGAUGAUAAGUGCCUAUGCAGAGCUGUGAAUAUGAUAUAUUAUUUGGAUUAACAAUUAUGUCAAGCGUAGCUGCGUCUGAGUGCCAACCUACUUAGGGUGGUGGAAGUGGCUUUCAGGAAGAGUGUUGGAUUUUGACGCCAAGCAGAGUCUUGUGACGUGUAGCCUACCACCUGUUUGCCGCCUCUGUAUUUUAUCGCCUCUUUCAUCGUGGUUGACAAAUGAGUGUCAUAGAUAAGAUAACAAUUGCUGGUUGUGAUAAUAAGAGCGUGGGUCGUAGAUGGUGCAUGGUAUGGUCGCCGAGCAGUGUAGCGCAGGAAAUAAGAUUACCAGCAUAGCUAUCGCUCUUGGGAAACCGCGCCAUAUAGUUUACAACUAUACCGGGAAAGUGACUGACGUGCGGCAAAAUGUGUGGGCUAAAGGCGCUGCAGGCAACGGGUAUCGCUAUGGCAGUUUUUGCCACGCUGGUGGGACUGGGCACGGAGGGGUUCUACGCCUGGAAGGUGUACGAGGUGGACCACUGCGUCAAUGUCACCCAAUUGGACUUCGACUACGAGCCUUGCCUGGACCUGAGAAACCAGUCUGACGUGUGUUACCAUGAAGAGCUGGAGGUUCGCAGUUACAUAGGCCUAGUGGAAGGCAUCAUAGGGACUGUCGCUGGCAUCUGCUUCAUUAUUGGAUUUGCUGUUAUCAACCUGCCUCUGAUCUGGAUGUGGGUGGUGUGGGCGCUAGGCAUCUCCGCUUAUAACGCAUACUGCAUCUAUGACUACUUUACCACCAUACAGGAUUUCACGAUCGACUGCAUUGAAGACAGCAAGUUCUGGGACGAAUUCAUUGAUCAAGACUACGCUUACUUCUUUAUCACCGUCACCACCUCCGUCAGCUGCUACGGUCUGCUCUUGCUGGUGACCAUUCCCGUAGCGUCAAUCAUCACGCAUAUGGUUGGUCCUCACUCUUCAACAAUGGGCAGUUAUGAGUUACAAGAAAGGAAAUAUGGCUAACUAUGACUUUGGCACUUACGCGUGGGACAACGAUGCUUUUGAGAUGGACUAGCACCAGCACCACCACUGACUGACAUCGCCAGGUACAGGUCUCAAUGUCGCCUCAUCAACACAUCAACACGUCUCUGUCAGCUGACCCAUUUUAAAGAUGUUUGUGCAUUGCAAACGUACAAUAUGACUUAAAAUAAUUUGUUAGCUUCCUUAGUCAUAAAUCAAGCCAGUGCAAGCUUUCCUUGACUGAGGAGAGAUCGUACUACUACUACUACUACUACUACAACUACUACUAUUAUUAUUAUUAUUAUUAUUAUUAUUAUUAUCAUUGCUACUGUCAUUAUUGUUAUUAUUAUUAUUAUUAUUACUGUUUUACUUUAUUUUUUCAUUGUAUGGUGUUAUUAGCACUAUUCUUGUUAGUAAUAAAAAAAAAAAACAUGCUCCGUAAAUACACAGUCAGUUUUGUAAUUUAUCUGUAAUUAUGUUAUGAUAAAUGACAUGAAAACGUGUCUUGGUAGAAAAAUUCGUGUAUUACAAAAUGAAGACUAAUAGAGCAAGAAGGAUCUGCAACUUUCAUACAGCUGUAGUAAAUUUUCAUUCUAUUUGCCUUUUGCAUACUCAUGUACAUAUGUAACUGAAAAAUAUCAAAAGUGCAAAUAAUCUCUCUCUCUCUCUCUCUCUCUGGAAGAUCAUGGUUAAUGCUCUUCACCAAACACCUUCAUGUGGAAAUACUAUAACUUCUCUUUGCUAACAUAUAUUUCUUGAACCUGAUGGAACUAAGUAGGUUAUGAGUUUUUCCUUUGCAGUCACCCAACUGUUGUAUGUAUGUGUCAUCUCUGUAGCUUCAUGUGUACCAAGAGCGUGUGUGUAUUUUGUACUAGACAGUGUAUGUAAAUAGGUAAUAGUAAUGUAAUGAUCUGACGUCUAUGAUGUCUGUAGGUGUAAAUACAUUCAUCCUGUUUUCAGGAUUGACUAGAUGCAUCAAGAAAAAGUAAGAUUGAGUCUCACAAUGUGCACAGAAAUCACAUUUAUAAAUGAAAUUGAAUAUGUUAUCAUAUACAUUACAAUAAAAAAAACAGUUUUCUCUUGUUU